CUUAUAGUAAACGCGGUAAACGUGUUACGUAUUUUGACAGUUUUGGUAAUUUACCACCACCGUUGGAACUGCAACGAUACUUUAAAGGAUGUACAAUCGUGCACAACUAUAGUAGAUGUCAAAACUUCGACGAGGUAAAUUGUGGUCACUUGUGUUUGGAAUUUUUAAUCGAACAACAACAACAACAUGACAACAACGGUAACGUUAACCGGUGUGGGAUCUGAAUUGCAAUGUACAUUCAAUCCACCCAUCGAUGUCGGUGACAAAUGUAAAAUUGGGCUAUUGAGCUUGCAUACGUGGAACACUAUACCUAAUAUUGACGAGGAUUGUAACAAAUUCAUUUUCGGCACUGUUGACAAACCAAUUAUGGUGAUAACACUACCGACGGGAUCGUACGAAUUUGAAGAUUUACAGAAACGAAUCACGGACAAGUACAACGGAGAAGAGUAUAAGUACAGUGUGCAACAACAACAAAUAGAUUUUGAUGAUCCAUUGUUGCCAACGGUUGGUUUACUCAAGGAAAACAGCAGAGAAAUCGGUGACAAAAGGUUGGGUGAUCGAAACGUUAUCUCUUUUACAGCCGACCGCAACACUAUGCGAAGCAAUAUCAAAUGCGAUCACCCCAUAGAUUUUACACACCCGCAAUCAAUCGGUC